CACAUCGUUCAUUCUGAUUAUGGGACCCCAGAGAGAAAGCCGGAAAGUAACGCAAUCGAAAUGCAAUAUGUACUAGCAGGAGAGGCUGAUGACUAUGCAAACUGUUCAGUUUCCCAGCACGGGUUCCGUGCCCUCGGGCUAAGCCACUGAUGAGUCGGACUCUGAGCUCAUUGGACUUUGGCGCUUGGCCGGCGUCCUGCUAUUUCUGGUCUGAACUGGUUGUUUCGUUCCUGGGUUUCCAGCUGGCUACAAUUCAACCCAAGUCAACGUGUCAGACUGCACACAGUCCAAUGCGGAAGCUGCAAGCAUCAGCUGCUAUAAAAGCCAGCUCCACAAUAGGAAGCCAGUCUGUCGCUGCACAGUGUUGGGAAAGUUUCUGUUCUGAGACAGUGGUGCAGUGACAAUAUUGCAGUGAAUUCCUUCUCCUGGGUGCGUGUCCCGACAAGUGUUCUUUCGACUCUCCAGGGAAACCUUCCAGGUCCAACUCUGAUCCUACCGCCAUGGCAUCUGUUCCUUCAGCUGGUUGUUUGCUUGCAGCACGGAAUCAAUAUUAUAGAACCCGAGUCCAUUCCACAUCAGAUGGAACCUCCAGUGGGCUAUGCCGUUUGGAAAAUGCCAUGGAGCAUGAAAAGCCCCAUCAAGGAUUUCUUUUCGCACUGGAGAAAUGUUUGUGGUUAAAGAAUUUUCUGAACUGUGAGCCUGCUCAUCACCCUGUUAACACAGGGCUAUCCACAGGAAGUGGUCAUCGUUGAUCAAGGAUGAUUCUUUGACAUGGUUUCUAUGGAUUGGGUUUUAAUCUACAGUAUUUGGUAUUAUGUUGCCACUGACUCAGGGAAUUAGUUGCAGUUUACAUAGAGAUUUGAACUGCCUUGAAAUAGCUGAUGCCCAUCUCGAGCAGCAAGUAAUGUUAUCAUCAACAGUGUUUUUAAAAAUUAUUUUCCAACUUAGGCAAUUUACAAAAGGGCAUAUCGAUAAUUUUCAAACAAUCCAAGUUAGGAUAUCAAGAAGGGGAAAACUAAUUUUAAAAACUGAAGGGCUUGUCACAUUUUGGCCAAAGUUAAAUAAUUUUUUUGACCAUUUCCUCAAUUCAGCAUAAUCUUUGUAGCAUAAACAAAUGUUGACAUAAUGUCUUCAUGUGGCAGUGUACAGUGUCUUUUACAAUAUGUAGAAUUUUUAUUUAUAUUUUGGUUAUUUGCUGUAUACUCUUCUUCUUAUUAUUAUUAUCUGUGUUCAUUGAGUUGUCUAAUAAGUGACAUACUGCUGAGAAAGGAUGACCAUGUGUCAGAAAACCCAUUUGCUUUACUGUGAGAACAUAGAGCAAAACCCAUUUUGUUAGUUUGUUUUUUUAAAAAAAAAUUUCAAUCAUCCUGUUAAUUUUAAUGGAAAAUUUGAUUUGAAUGGAAAUUUCUGUUUUUCUCGAUGCAUUUCUUUUUAAGGGGAGUAAUUUCAAUUCUUACUUUGGAGUUUGGUCAAGUAGAUUUCAUAUUUCUCUUAGAAUUUGAAGUAGAAUUCCUACAGUGUGGAAACUGGCCCUUUGGCCCAACAAAUUCACACUGACCCAGUCCCCUACAUUUAACUCCUGACUAAUGCACCCAACCAACACAUCCCUGAACACUGGAGGCAAUUUAACACGGCCAAUUUACCUAACCUGCACAUCUUUGGAUUGUGGGAGGAUACCGAAGCACAUGGAGGAAACCCACACAGACACUGGGAGGAUGUGCAAACUCUACACAGCCAGUCUCCCAAAGCUGGGAUCAAACCUGGGUCCAGGCGGUGUGAGAUAGCAGUGCUAAUCACCAUACCACCCCUUGCUGUGCUGUUAUUUCAUUAUGUAAAAUUCUGAGCAAAACUGUAUCUUUUUGUACAUGUCUAAUGUUUAAUUUGAUCCAUAUUAAUUAUUCUUUGUAUGUCACUUCCAACUUUGGUGACAAAAACUGAUGUUAUUGAAAUGAAUGGGCUACACAAGAAAGGGCUCAUCCAUUGCUUGUUGUUCCAGCCAAUUUAACAUGAUCUCAUUGCCAUUCUGAGUCAAUAGGGCAGCUUAUUCUGGAGAUGUGUGUAUGGGGGGAUGGCGGGGGGAGAAAAAUUACAGCUUCCCUACUCCCACCCCCUCCAUUAAGUAGCUUCGCCUAUAUAUUUAAUCUGAUUUGAUCGAAGGAUCUAUUGAUAGUAGGCUGAUCCCUGCUCCUGAUGUCUUGAUUAUGUGCUUCAGUGCAGUGACCUGUACAAAAGGAGCAUUCAAUUAUGAAAUUUAUCUGCUAGGGUGAUACACUACUGAAUUAACUGUGACACUUUUAAAUGUACUUUAUUUUUAUUAAUAAAUUUUUUAAUGCACUUCUA